CGCUAACUUGCCACACUUCAUUCUCUCUACCAGCCGGCACCAACACCACAACCACCACUUUCACUUCCACUCCCACUCCCACCACUAACACCAUCAACACACGUAUCGGGGGAGACCGCGAUACUCCUUACGCCGCCUUACGCCCUCUAUUUCUCUCACGACUUUACGAACCUUAAUCUUCUCUAACACGCCUCUUGUCCUCGAUCGCGCAGCUGCAGUUUCUGUGAUUUGAAAUACAUCCUACCACAGAGCAUUCCCACGCGCCACUCGCCUCUCUCUCGCCCAUCAUGGACGAGUACUCAGAUGAAAUAUCGGCGGAGGAUUGUUGGCAGGUCAUCUCGGCGUUCUUCGACGAUAAAGGACUGGUAUCGCAGCAGCUCAACUCGUUCGAUGAGUUCGUUUCGCACACAAUGCAGCAGAUGGUGCACGAAGACUCGUCGCUAACCCUCGACCAAAACCUCAACGCCGAUGAAACCGGCGGAGUCGUCCUGCGGCGGUACGAGAUCUCGUUCGGAGACAUCUUUUUGUCGCGACCGACCAUGACCGAAGGUGACGGAUCCACACAACCCAUGCUUCCUCAGGAAGCCCGCAUGCGGAAUCUUACCUACUCAUCACCGGUGUAUUGCGAGAUGAAACACAAGGUCAUGUCGGCGAGGGAGGUCGACGCCUCGGACAGUGAGGAAGAGGAAGGAGGGUCGGACAACGAAGGAGGCGAGGUCAAGACAAACCACAAGUACGUGUGGGACACCGACUUUAUGUCGGAGCCGUCGAAGGUGUUUGUUGGAAAGAUGCCCAUCAUGUUGAAGUCUCAAUACUGUAUAUUGAAGGACUUCCGGGAAGACGAGCUGUAUGGCCUGUCGGAAUGCCCCUACGAUCAGGGUGGCUAUUUCGUUAUUAACGGAUCCGAAAAAGUGCUCAUCGCUCAGGAGAGAAGUGCCGCCAACAUCGUUCAAGUCUUCAAGAAGGCUCCACCCUCGCCUACCCCGUACAUCGCAGAAAUCCGAAGCGCCGUGGAGAAGGGAUCCCGGCUCAUCAGCAGUAUGCAGAUCAAGUUGGUUACGAGAGGAGAGGCCCGUGGUGGAUACAAUGCAACGAUAAAAUCGACCCUUCCUUACAUCAAGAGCGAUAUUCCCCUGGUCAUCGUCUUCCGAGCUCUCGGUGUUGUCUCGGACGAGGAUAUCCUGAAUCACGUUUGCUAUGACCGCAAUGAUAUCGAGAUGUUAGAGAUGAUGAAGCCAUGUAUCGAGGAGGCAUUCGUCAUUCAGGAUCAGGGUGUCGCGUUGGACUACAUUGCGAAGCGUGGAACCUCCACUGGUGCGAACCGAGAGAAGCGUGUGCGGCAUGCCCGGGAGAUCAUGCAGAAGGAGUUGCUUCCUCACAUUUCCCAGAGCGAAGGUAGUGAGACGCGCAAGGCUUUCUUCCUGGGAUACAUGGUCCACAGGAUGUUGCAGUGUUCCUUGGAGCGGCGUGAGGUGGACGACCGAGAUCACUUCGGAAAGAAGCGAUUGGAUUUGGCGGGCCCCUUGUUGGCAUCUCUCUUCAGGAACCUUUGGAAGAAACUCACGAAGGAUGUCUUCAAGUACUUGGAGAAGUGUGUCGAGACUGGCAAGGAGUUCAGUCUGCCGCUAGCCGUCAAGUCCAACACCAUAUCCAAUGGACUGAAGUACUCGCUGGCGACUGGUAACUGGGGUGAUCAGAAGAAAGCAAUGUCGGCCAAGGCGGGAGUCUCGCAGGUGUUGAACCGAUACACCUUCGCUUCCACGUUGUCCCAUUUGCGUCGGACCAACACGCCCAUUGGACGAGACGGAAAGAUCGCUAAGCCGCGCCAACUCCACAACACACAUUGGGGACUGGUGUGUCCUGCUGAGACUCCCGAGGGUCAAGCAUGUGGUCUGGUCAAGAAUUUGGCGUUGAUGUCGUACAUCACCGUUGGUACUCCUGGCAAUCCGUUGGUGAACUUCAUGGCCGAGCAGAACAUGGAAUUUUUGGAGGAAUAUGAGCCGCAGAGAUCGCCGAACGCCACCAAGAUCUUCCUCAACGGAGUCUGGAUCGGUAUCCACAGAGAUCCCCUUCACCUCGUACGAUUGGUCCAAGAGCUCCGAAGGCGCGGUUCAAUCAGUCACGAAGUCAGUGUUAUCAGGGAUAUUCGUGACCGCGAGUUCAAGAUCUUCACCGAUGCUGGUCGUGUCUGUCGUCCAUUAUUUGUUAUUGACAAUGAUCCGACACACGAACGCAGAGGACAGCUUGUCUUGACCAAGGAGCAUGUGCUGCAGUUGGAGGAAGACCAAGGGCUCCCGGCCGGUGACAGGUUUGGCUGGGAUGGCUUGCUUGAGUGUGGAGCCGUCGAAUAUGUGGAUGCAGAGGAAGAGGAGACAAUCAUGAUCGUUAUGACUCCGGAAGAUCUCGAAGUAUCGCGACAAGUGGCUCAGGGCUACGAAUUGGCCGAGGAAACGGACCCCAACAAGCGCGUGAAGGCCCCGAUCAACAAGAACACGAGUCAGUACACUCAUUGUGAAAUUCAUCCCAGUAUGAUUCUCGGAAUCUGUGCCAGUAUCAUUCCCUUUCCCGAUCACAAUCAGUCGCCUCGUAACACAUACCAGUCUGCUAUGGGCAAACAGGCGAUGGGUGUGUUCUUGACCAAUUUUGCGGAGCGAAUGGAUACCAUGGCCAAUAUUCUGUACUACCCUCAGAAACCGCUAGCCACUACCCGCUCAAUGGAGUACCUGAAGUUUAGAGAAUUGCCAGCCGGGCAGAAUGCUAUCGUCGGUAUAAUGUGCUACAGUGGGUACAACCAGGAAGAUUCUGUCAUCAUGAACCAGAGUAGCAUCGACAGGGGCCUUUUCCGCAGUUUGUUCUAUCGAGCCUACAUGGAUCAGGAGAAGCGCAUCGGUAUGCAGGUGGUGGAGGAGUUCGAGAAGCCAAUGAGGGGAACAACUUUGAAGCUGAAGCACGGUACCUACGACAAGCUUGAGGACGAUGGACUCGUGGCGCCCGGUAUUCGUGUUUCCGGUGAAGACAUCAUCAUCGGCAAAACGGCUCCCAUCAAUGCCGACGCCGACGAGAUGGGUCAGAGGCAGAAGUUCCACACGAAGCGUGAUGUCUCAACGCCUCUGAGAAGUACCGAGAACGGCAUCGUCGAUCAGGUUAUGCUUACUACCAAUGCCGAUGGUCUGAAGUUCGUAAAAGUGAGGAUGAGGACUACCAAGAUUCCACAGAUUGGUGACAAGUUUGCUUCUCGUCACGGCCAAAAGGGUACCAUUGGAAUCACUUACCGUUCGGAGGACAUGCCCUUCACUUGUGAGGGAGUCGUUCCCGACAUCAUCAUCAAUCCGCAUGCCAUUCCGUCACGUAUGACCAUUGCCCAUUUGAUCGAAUGCCAACUUAGUAAGGUUGCCUCGCUGCGUGGCUUCGAAGGAGAUGCGACGCCUUUCACGGAUGUUACGGUCGACUCUGUCUCCAAUCUGCUGCGCCAGAGCGGAUACCAGUCCCGUGGAUUUGAGGUUAUGUACAGCGGCUACACUGGAAAGAAGUUGGUAGCUCAGGUUUUCUUGGGCCCCACUUACUACCAGCGUCUCCGUCACAUGGUCGACGACAAGAUCCACGCCCGUGCUCGUGGACCUGUCCAGAUUCUUACGAGACAGCCCGUCGAGGGUCGUGCCAGAGACGGUGGUCUUCGUUUCGGAGAGAUGGAACGUGAUUGCAUGAUUUCUCACGGAGCCAGCGCCUUUCUCAAGGAGAGGUUGUUCGAAGUUUCCGAUGCAUUCCGUGUGCACAUUUGUGACAUCUGUGGUCUGAUGACGCCAAUUGCCAACCUCAAGAAGAACCAGUUCGAGUGCAGACCUUGUCACAACAAGACGAAGAUCUCACAGAUCCACCUGCCAUACGCUGCAAAGCUACUUUUCCAGGAGCUCGCGGCUAUGAACAUCGCUGCCCGUAUGUUCCACAAGCGGUCCGGUGUUAGCAUGCGGGCCUAGAGGAGACAUAUGGGGGAUAUGAAACGGGGUUUCUUUCUUUUGUUACAUGAUACUCUUCUUACUACUACUGGCUUGCAUGAUUGAAUGAUUGGUUGAUGAGAUGGCUGUUGAUGUGAUGAGGCAAUAGUCUUUCAUCUUUUUCUUUUUCUUUCUUUUUCUUGACAUUUCUUUUCUGUCGGCGUUUUUGUGGGUUGCAUUUCUUUCUUUUUGUAGUCUUUGACAGAGGUCGGAGGGAUCAUCGAGAUGAUGAUAUAGAGUAUGUAUGUUAGGUAUGAUACUAGGCAAAAAGUCUUCC